GUGGGAGUCGUGGAUCAGCUGACUAACGUAAACAAACAGAUUUCAUUCAUCGUUUCCAUUCGCUAGGUACUAAUGCAGGAUGCUUUGUAACUUCAGUAGAUUGAAACCUCUGUCAUGCAGGACAUUUUGGAUUCAGCAAAAGGGACUUGGAAGGUUAAUCUCUAGUCCUACACUGUAUCAACACCAGCAGCAGAUAUGCUAUAAACAUGAAAUAGCUGGAAAAUUAUCUGUAUCAGACAGUGGGAAAGAGUACAGAAGAGGAAAAGAACAGCAUGGUUCAAGAUUCAGACACAGUAAUAUGGUGAACCUACUAGCAAGACUAGUAGGAACAGCCACAGUUGUCAGCAUAGGAACUGCACUGUGUAAGAGCCAAGAGGAAAAGAAAGACAUAUUGCCUGAUGAUGAUAAGAACCACCCACAAGGUAGAGAUGUUGUAGCCACAGAACUUCCGGAGAAGAGUGAAGACCCGAGCAAAGAGCAGGGGCUGAGAGGAAGUGAUGAAGAGCAGAACAGUCCACCAGCCAGCGAUGAAGUGCAAGUUGACAGAAAGAGUAGAAUUGAGGAAGCUGUAAAGCAGUCUCGGAAACUCUUAAAGAGACGCAUGACUGAGGCAGGAGCACCAGGACUAACAAUUGCCGUGUCUGUCAAUGGGGAAACGAUGUGGGAAGAUGGUCUUGGGUUCGCGGAUUUGGAAAACAACGUACGAUGUACCCCAGUGACUGUGAUGCGCAUAGCCAGUAUCAGCAAGUCACUCACAAUGACCGCGGUGGCCAAGCUAUGGGAGGAAGGGAAGCUCGACCUCGACGCUCCUGUUCAGAAAUACAUACCUAGUUUCCCCGUCAAGAAGUUUGAGGGUGAGGAGGUCACAAUAACAACCCGACACCUCUUGAGCCACCAAUCAGGGAUUCGCCAUUAUGCACUCAAGGACCCUAACAAGAAGGAAAAAAAGGAAAAGAACAACAGCACAGGAGGCAAGAAGGUGGUGGAGUCAAAGGGCGAGAGGGAGAGUGGGGAAAUAAAAAAGAAAGAUGAAGAAGCUGGAGAGAAAGAGGGAAAGACUAAGGACGAUGCUGGGGAAAAGACGAUGGCAGAUAAGGAACCAUCAAAAGCAGAAGGGAAGGAACGCAAGGAAGGCAGCGAAGGGCAGAGUGAGAGUUCGCAGUCCGUUGCAGAGGCAAAGAAAGCAGAACUCGAGAAACUCUUGAGGAGCAAAGCAAGCAAGAAGAGAAAGAGCAAGAAAAAGGAAGAGGAGGAAAAUGAGUUCGACAUGCAGGAGUAUUACAUCAAGGAGAAAUUUGAGUCCAUUGAGGAGGCUCUCAAACUCUUCCAAGAUGAUGAGCUAUUCUUUAAGCCAGGCACUGGUUACCUUUACACGACCCACGGAUGGACAGUAGUUAGCGGCGUUGUUGAAGGCGCAGCAGGCAAGCCAUUCACUAAAGUCAUUGCUCAAUUAUUCCACGAACUGGGUUUAGAGAACACCUACCUGGACGUCAAUACUCCUAUCAUCUACAAUAGGGCCAGAUACUACAUACGGGAUAAGCACGGACGGCUGCAGAAUGCUCCUUACGUUGACAACUCGUACAAGUGGGCUGGGGGCGGCUUUCUCUCCACGGUGCAAGACCUUAACAAGUUUGGGAAUGCCAUGCUAUAUUCGAGUCAACAUCAGAGUGAGGAAGGACUGCCUGGUUACUUAAAAUGGACAACUAUGAAGGAACUUUGGACCCCGGUAUCAGGGCCUAAUCCCUCCAGUGGGUAUGGACUCGGCUGGGGUGCCGUCGAGGACAGUAUCAAGUGCGCAUUUUGCAGAGAGAACAGGAAGUGUGCGUCUCACACUGGGGGUGCCAUAGGUGCUAGUAGUGUCCUCCUCAUACUGCCUCAACCUGGGGUGCUCAAGGAGAAUGGGGAGGGGAAACUUCCGAAGGGUGUUGUGGUAUCGGUAAUAUGCAACAUGCAGAGUGUCGGCCUCAGGAAAGUGGCUUUGGAGAUUGCCAAGAUUUUUGAGAAAGUUUGAUGUGUGCUGGUGUCUAUUUUUAUCCAUUUCUUCUUCUUCUUUUUGUAAUGGUUAUAUGAUUUUAUGUUUUGUAAGUUGCUCUUCCUUUUUAAUGAUUUAGGCUUUAGAUUGGUGCAGGGAAUUGGAAUAUAUUUUGCUUGAAACUUGUAGAUUCUUAUAUACGCUCACAAAAAUACAUAGGUAUCUCUAACCACAAAGUUUAGGGUGAACUAAGGAAUAUGAGAACCAUAUGUAUGUAUUUAUAUUUAAUGAAAAGAAUAAAAGUAGAAAAGAGAAAAAGAAAAA